GGAUUAUAUUAGGCACUGAUCCUUGAAGUCUACAAAACAACAUUAUGUAUGUGUGUGUGUGUCUGUGUUUGUACGUGUGUGUGUGUCUGUGUUUGUACGUGUGCAUGCAUGCACGUACAUGUGUUCCUGUAACACUUACAUAAGCUAAUGGGGGACAAUUAAACAAUCAAUAAUAAUAAAUUUGACAGCAAUUGAAGAUAUUUUAUCUUAAACCCUACAUUUUACGCAAUCUGCACAAUCCUGCAAGCCUUGCAAUUUGUUCAGCUUCUGUAUAAAACCUAGCAAACACACACUCCACCCAGACUAAGGCUUGGACUGCUGCAUAUCGGUGGUCACAAACUGCACCCAGACUAAGGCUCGAACUGCUGCAUAUCGGUGGUCUUUGACCCCUUCUCUCUUCUUGUGCUUGUGAUUACCGGCAGUCUUAGAGCCAUGGCUUCUAAAUGGAUUGUUCUGGUCUUCAGUAUGCUCUGGUGCUUGUCAGCAUCAUCCCGGCUCACAGGUGAAACAGAGACUGAUGUGGAUGAGGGACACGGACACGACUGGGACAUCUUUGACAUCAAUAAAGAGGCAGGAUUGGACCUGCUGGAGGGUGAUAUUGUAAUAGAUGAGACUGACAGCAGAAACACUAUUCUUGGGGAGCAGUAUCGCUGGCCUCAGACUGUACCCUACUAUCUGAAGGACAGCCUGGACAUAAAUGCUAAGGGGGUGAUUCUGAAGGCCUUCGAGCAGUACAGACUGAAGACCUGCAUCAACUUUGUGCCAUGGAAGGGAGAGAAUAACUAUAUAUCUGUGUUCAAAGGCACCGGGUGCUACUCCUCAGUAGGUAACAGGCAGGUGGGGAAGCAGAAGUUGUCUAUUGGUCGUAACUGUGACCGUCUGGCAACGGUUGAGCAUGAGUUUCUGCAUGCUCUGGGUUUCUGGCACGAGCAGUCCAGAGCUGACCGCGAUGACUAUGUCAACAUCAUGUGGGACCGCAUCGAAGAAGGAAAAGAACAUAACUUCCUGAUCCACGGUGAGUCAGUGUCGAGUGCUCUGAACGUGCCCUAUGACUACGGCUCUGUGAUGCACUACAGUAAAACAGCCUUCAACAUCGGGUCAGAGCCCUCCAUCAUUACUAAGAUACCGAGCUUCAUGGACGUGAUUGGUCAACGCGUGGAGUUCAGCGACAGUGACCUGCUGAAGCUCAACAGGCUCUACAACUGCACAACUUCCUCAACGUUCCUGGACUCAUGCAGCUUUGAGAAGGAGAAUAUCUGUGGGAUGAUCCAGGGUCCUGUUGGGAAAGCUCAGUGGGAACACAGACACAGUGUGGCUGGGGGACCCAACACCGACUACACUAACAUGGGCCAGUGUGAUGGAAAAGGUUAUUUCAUGCACUUCAGUACUGUUAAGGGUAACCAUGGGGACCAGGCCAACCUGGAGAGUCGUCUCUUCUACCCCAAGAGAGGUUCCCAGUGCUUGCAGUUCUACCUCCACAACAGCGGGGGUGCUGAUGAUCGACUGAACGUGUGGGUGCGGGAGUAUGACGACGCCAACCCCAAAGGAAAACUGAGGCUCAUCCAGAAAAUCGAUAUCACAGGUGGCAUCAGAGACUCCUGGGAACUGUACCAUGUGACCCUGGAUGUGAAGAUGAAAUUCCGGGUUAAGUUUGAAGGCUUGAAGGGCACAGGGGCAUCCACCGGAGGACUCUCAUUGGAUGACAUCAACCUAUCAGAGACAACCUGCCCGCAGCACAUCUGGCGCAUCCGUGACUUCGCCGGUCUCUUAGAAACCACACCGACAGGUGUGAACAUCUACAGCCCACGCUUCCUGUCCCCCAGUGGCUACUCCUUCAUGGUGAGCGUGUACAUCAAUGGCCGUAGCAGCCCAGGUAGCAUGGCCAUCUACUUCCACCUAACCUCCGGCCCUAAAGAUGACUCCCUCACCUGGCCCUGUCCAUGGCAUCAGGCCACCAUGGCCCUGAUGGACCAGAACCCGGACAUCAGACAGAGAAUGUCCAACCACCGCAUGAUCACCACCGACCCCAACAAGCUGUCCUCAGAUGGCAAUGAUUUCUACUGGGACAAUCCCCUUAAGGUGGGCAGUCUGGUAAACGGUUCUGAUGGCAGCCAGUUCUACCGGGGGCCUGGUACCGGAACCAGCAGCUACCUCACCCACAGCAGGCUGAAGAGCAGGAACUUCAUCAAAGGAGACGACGCCAUCUUCCUCCUCGGUCUAGAGGAUGUGUCUGCACUGCUGGAGACCCAGCCCCUUCCUCAUUCUGCUGUUCAUCAGUCUGAGAAGAGUGCCGUAGUAUCACCCAGCAGGGAGACCAACACGUCCACAGUGGUGAUGGCUGUGUUCAUGAGCUUGGCGGCGGUCAUGUUUGUGGUUGCCAUGGUAAGCGCGGUGUACACCAGGAGAGUGAGGAGACCGGAGAGUGACAGGGACGUGAUCGUUGUGGAGAACAUCUAGUACUGCGAGUGACAACCAACCUAAAAUGGCUUCUUUACUUUUCCAUCGGCAGAUUGUUGAAAGUGCUACUGAAGAAACUUGACAGAAACUAGAAUAUAGCCUAACAAACACUUGACUGCCUGAGGAGAAUCAAUAGAUGGAAAUGUUAGCUAUAAAUUAUCAAUACAUUUUUUUUACAAACCAGAAGUGAGACUUGUUGUGGAAUAUCUUUACAGGAAAAUCUGACAAUGACCUUCCAUCUCUUCAUAAGAAACCGUGACCAACAAUGGAAGAUACAAUGUAUGUUAUUGUAAGUGAAAUUGAUCCAUUUUAUGUAAAAAAAACUAUCUAUUAAAACAAACUAGUCUUGCUUCCAGUUUGCAGUUAAAACUA